UAUUAGAGUAAUGUUACCACAGAUACUGGUAAACAAAGCACACUAAUGGCAGGACAAGAGGACACGAGGAGAGGUGGAGAGCCCGAAGAGAGCCCGCUACUGGCUUACUUGGUCUUCAUUAAGAUGGAGGAGGUGACAAACAAACUGAAGUUACUCAACUAUGAGCAAGAAUUCUGUAAACGACUCAGAUUGAAGCCAUUCUCAAAGCAUUAUUUUGCUGAGUCAACAAAUCCUGGAGAGCAGUUUCAUACGUUCUCUAACCUGUCUGUGUGGCUUAUCAACCACCGAGGCAGUAACCUUGACCAGCCACAAGAGUAUGAUGACCCCAAUGCUACUGUGGCCACCAUCAUAUCAGAGGCCAAGCAAAUGGGGGUGGCUGUGGACUUUGCCCCUGGUAAACUUAAGAGUGGAGCAGGUGAACAGGUUGUGGACAUACUGGACGGUCUGACUAGUAAAGCAAUGGAGGCCUCCGGAUUCUCUUGGAAAAGACCUGUGUACCAUGAUGAGAGCCAAGAGGCGGAGGUGAUACAGGAGGAGACCUCUGAACUGAAUCUGUCUCGCCUAGAGGAAGAGUUUGCUGGUGAUGGUGAGGCGGCUGACAGUGACGACGAUGGACCUGUAUAUCUGGAUCUGACUGGGCUACAGACUGGGGCUAACAGUGAGGGGCGGCUAGGAGAGGCACUAGAGGCUACAGUAGAUGCCAAGGAAUGGAGACUGGAGGUGGAGAGGGUUAUGCCUUCAUUGAAGGUCCAUGUGCGACAGGACAAUAGAGAUUGGAGAGCCCAUUAUGAGCAGAUGCAUGCCCACAAGGAAGGUAUAGAGUCUACCCUCUCUGAGACAAAGGUCUACUUAGACAAGCUGCACCAGGAGAUCAGUAAAACACUUGAAAAGAUUGGCUCCAGAGAAAAGUACAUCAACAAUCAGUUGGAGGGUCCUGUUCAAACGUUCAGGAGUAGUCAGGACAGACUCUCUGAAAUAAGGGAAAAAUACAAGACAGCCAGCACCAGUGUCAAUGAACUGGCCAGGGAAUUGGCUCAAGUGAGUGAGGAGUUGGAGGUUAUAAAGGCAGAGAUGGAUGAGAAGGGUACAAGCAUGACUGAUUCAGGGCCACUGGUCAAGAUCAAGCAGUCCCUCACUCGACUCAAGGCUGAGAGCACUCAGAUGGAGGUCCGACUGGGUGUGGUUGAGCAUACCUUGCUAGAGGCCAAGUUCAAGAACAAGACUGCUAUUAAACAACAAAUGAACGCUACACUAGUGGACAAUAUGUUCUGAAAUGCAUCACCCUCAUAUACAGUUGUCAUGUAUCUAUAAUAUCUAUGUUGAAUAAUAUUAUUGUUUGAGUAAUAAGUUGAAAAUC